CAUGACUGGGCGUCCCCACUGUGCCGUGGGGCCAGGCGUGGGUGGCAGCGGGUGCACCCCAGGGAGGAAUGUGGGCUGGGAGGGGCCGCGGCUCCGCCACGACAUUCAUGCCACAGCCACCACUCUGCGGGCAGCCGCGACCCAGCAUGGCCGAGAAACCCCAAAUCCAGCUCUUCAUCAAGGCGAGCGAGGAUGGAGAGAGUGUGGGGCACUGCCCCUUCUGCCAGCGGCUCUUCAUGGUGCUGCUGCUCAAAGGGGUGCCCUUCACCCUCACCACUGUGGACAUGAAGAGGGCGCUGGACGUGCUGAAGGACUUCGCACCAGGUGCCCAGCUGCCCGUUCUUCUCUACAACGGCGAACCCAAGACUGACACCGUCACCAUCGAGGACUUCCUGGAGGACAAGCUGGGCCCUCCCACGUUCCCCAGCCUGGUCCCGCAGUACAGGGAGUCAAGCCUGGCUGGGAACGACAUCUUCCACAAGUUCUCCACCUUCAUCAAGAACCCCGUGCCUGCCCAGGACGAGGCGCUGCAGCGGAGCCUGCUGCGGGCCCUGCUGAAGCUGGACGAGUACCUGAGUGCCCCCCUGGAGUAUGAGCUGGCCCAGGACCCCCAGCUCCGCACCUCCCGGCGCCGCUUCCUCGACAGGGACCAGCUCACUUUGGCCGACUGCAACCUGCUGCCCAAGCUCAACAUCGUGCAGGUUGUGUGCCAGCACUACCGUCGCUUUGGGAUCCCCAAGGACCUGCGGGGCGUGUGGCGUUACCUCAACAGCGCCAGCGAAACCAAGGAGUUCAAAUACACCUGCCCCAACAACGAGGAGAUCAUACAAGCCUAUCGCUCCGUGGUGCGGUCGCCACAGUGAGGUGGGCGCAGGGUCGGGCAGCAGCCAGUGCCCACCCCAGUCCUGCCCCCCCAGCUCUGCCUGCACUGGCUCGGGAGGGCAGAGAGAGGCGGCUGUGCCCUGGCACCCAAAUGCCCCAAGCACCAGCAAUUGGCAUCACCCUGAGCCCACAAGUGCCUUCUCGCCUCUCGUGCCACCCUCCUGCCUGGCCAAGACCCCCUCGACCCACCCUGCAGUCCCUCUGGCACCAGGAUGGGGACAGGGAGGCCCCGGGCACUGUCCCCUCCCGCAGGGCACAGCCUCCAGCGAGUGACCCCAGGCAGGGCUGUGCCAGGGCAGCCGCGCCGGCGGCAGAGCCCUGGACCAGUGCCGGGGGAUGCUGGGGUGCGGGAUGCAGUGCAGCCCACAUCGCACCAGGGUGGGGAACAGGGGCGCCGUCCCCCGCUAACCCACCGUUCAAGAGCUCUCAGGAGCAGCUUUGGGUGAGGGCUGGGGUGACGCGGGGCAGGGCCAAGCCAUGGAUCAGAGUUCCUGGAAAGCAAUAAAGGCUUUGCAAGCGAGACAAGUGCGAGUCUGGUGUGACCGGCGCCAGCAGCUCUCUUCUCUUACAAGACUUCGUACCAGCCUCCCAGUCCUCUCCCAGUACCCAGCGAAGGCUGACCCUGUGCUCCCAGCUUUCCCAAGGGCUGGGGAGGCUCCAACCUUGGAAGUAGAAUAAAGGCAGCUGCCUCCUUGGAGAGACAUCCUGCUGAAGGCUGGGAGCAGCAUUUCCCUCUGGUAGAGCCCCCUUACCCCCUCAAACCCAGUCUUGUGCAGCCCCUGAAUUUUGGGGAAUGGUGAUUCCCUCCAGGAGCCCCAACCUCAUGAGAAGGUGGGGCUGAGUCUCUGGCAGCUUCACCAAGGUGGGGGCCUUGGACACCAGCUGUGGGGAUAUCCUCAGGGCUGGAGAUGCCACCAUGACCUGUCCAUGGCCUCCAAGCAUCUUGCCACCAUGGUGCAUGUGUGAUGACCAUUCACCCUGCCACCAUGAUGCCCCCAUGGUAUGGCCAUGGCUAACAAGUGUGCUGCCACCAUGAUGUAUCCAUGGCCACCAUCCGAAUUGCCAGGGUGGUAUGUCCACAGUUCACCAUGGUAUAUUUAUGGCCACCAUGUGCCAGGACACCAAAGUAUGUCCAUGGCCACCAUGCACCUUGCUGUAUGUCUGUGGCCACCACACAUGUGGCACACACAUGGCCACCAAGCACCAUGCUGCUAUAGUGUGUCCAUGGCCACCAACACCGUGGCACCUCCACAGCCACCAGCCCAUCACGGUGUGUCUGAGGGGAACAUGCACUUUGGUACCAUGGUGCCUCCAUGCCCACCACGCAUCCCUGCAUGUGAUGUUCACAACCACCAUGGCACAUCCUCUAUAAGGAGGCUUCACAACCUGGUUUCUUACCAGUGAGAGGAUGCCUUAGGGAGGGCUGUAGCCUCUCUGUGGGGACAUCCCAGUGGUUAAGGGUCCCCAUGUCACCACUGUCUCGUUGCCAGUCACGGUGAGCUGCUGGGACAGUGGGGUCCCAGUGCCGAGCACUGAUAGCAGCAUGGGUGUCUUGGGUCUUGUUCGCAUGGCCGCCCACCUGCUCCAGCACCAAAUGCCACCUCCAGCUGGGUGAGACAGAUCUGUCCCUGGAUGCCCUCCACGUGUCACCGUGCCAUGGUGAGGUCACAUGUCCCUGCUGGCUCUGUGCCCCCUUCUCACCACACAGAAGUCCCCGAGCUGGAGGCGGAGAGGAGCGAGGUGUGGUGCUGGAGAGCAGUGAGGUGCAGUUGGAGUGCCGGCAGCGGUGCCAGUCUUGGUGGCGCCAUGGCUUGGUACUACCCCAAGGAGCAGGAGAUGGCACCAGGGCUGGCCAAGUGCUGGCUGGAGCGGGGAGAAACGUGGGUCAACCUCACCGUUGAGGAUGCUGAGUGGCCAGGGGACAACGGGAUUUGCUGGGGCACCACGGCCAAUGCUGUGGGCACUGCCAGCCUCCCCAUCAGCCUCCACAUGGAACGUGAGUCCUGGGAGGGCUGGGGGUCCCCGGGUUGGAUUUGCAAGGGGGUAUUGGGAGAGCCCAUCCUGCUGGGGUACCCAGCCCCCCCCCAUCACCAUCAGCGAGCUGUGAUACACGUGGGUACACAGCACGGGUGCAGCUGGAGUGACGGACACAAGACACUGGCAACUUCACUGGCUUCAUGGUGCAGCAGCGCCAAGCCAAGAGAGGUGCCUGGCGUGUGCCCAUUCCCUGGCAAAUGGCUGCUGGUGACAUCAAGAUCCACUGUGACCGGUGUCUGGGGGGCUGGACCUGGUGAUCUGUGCUUUCCACAUCCUGGCUGUCAACCACAGGAUGGCCGGGCACUCCUCCGAGGUGCAGGCACCAAGCAAGGUGGGUGGGGGACACUGCUUCAUGUGGGCAGAGCAGAGUUUGAGUGAAGAAGGGUGAUGUUUGCAUCCUGGUGGAGCUGAAGAGUUGAGCGUGAGGAGCUGUCAGUAGGUUUCAGAGUGAACAGGCACAGGCUCUCACUUCUCUCCACCUUUCUGGGCUUUUCUGGUCCUUGCACUGGGGGUGCCUGCUGCCUGCCACACUCACGCCUCUCCUGCACAGCUUGCACAUGGCUGUCUCAUUACCCUAAUUACACCUGGGGCAGGUUUGGGCUAAUGAGCAGCCACUCUAUUCCAGCUGAGCCUCCCUUUGAGGGCUACUCGGUGGUGAUGGGGGCAACACUGCCAGGGAUGCUGGUGGCCCUCAAAGCAUUAGUUCUGGCUGUGCGCUGUGUUGCCUGCCACCAGGACACCCUUCCAUGAGAGUGCCAGGGUCAGGGGGGCUGAACAGCAGGCAUCCCGCAAUCCCGCAUCUCCCACCCAUCUGUCCGUCUCCAGGGUUGUACAACCUGCUCUUCCGCAUGUAUCAUAGAACCCCAGAAUGUCCUGAGUUGGAAGGGACUCACAAGGAUCAUCGAGUCCGACUCCUGUCCCUGCACAGGACACCCCAACACUCACACCAUGGGGUUGAACGCCUUGGCCAAAUGCUGCUGGAAAAUUGUCAGGCUUGGUGCCGUGACUGCUGCCCUGGGAGCUGCUCCAGUGCUCCACCGCCCUCUGGGGAAGAACCUUCUCCUAAUGUCCAACCUAACCCUCCCCUGGUGCAUGUUCCUGCCAUUCCCUUGGGUCCAAAGAGAAGAGCUCAGUGCCUGCUCCUCCUCCUCCCUGUGUGGGGGCCCUGGGGCUGUUCAGCCUGGAGGAGGCUGAGGUGAGACCUUAUCGCUCUCUGCAGCUCCGGGAAAGGAGGUUGUGGUGAGGUAGGUGCUGGGCUCCCAAGGAACAAGUGAUAGGACGAGAGGAAAUGGCCUCAAGUUGUGACAGGGGAGGUUUAGAUUUGAUAUUAGGAGAAAUUUCUUUACUGCAAGAGUGCUGAAGCCCUGGCAGAGGCUGCCCAGGGCAGUGGUGGGGUGUCCAUCCCUGGAGGGUUUAAAAACUGUGUGGCUGUGGCACUUGGGGACAGUGUUCAGUCAGCACAAUGGGGUUGGGCUGACGGCUGGACUGGAUGAGUUUAGAGGUCUUUUCCAACCCUAACAAUUCUGUGAUUCUGUGCAAGAAUGUGCCAAGCCCAGAAAAUGGCAGAGAAAGUCACAUUUGCACUCUUCCCAGUUUUCUUUCCUCUCUCCUGCUACGCACAGCUCUGUGCUGGCCCCCCAGCGCCAGGCAUCUCCUUCCACGCAGCCCUAACCAGGUACAACGCUGCACGACCUCUCCCUUCCCCUGCGGUGUGAACACAGCUCAGUUUUAUGGCCACAGCUGCUCAGCAGUCACAGGGGAACGGCGGAUUUUAACCCAACAUGGUACAACUAUGUCUUUGCCUCUGGCACUGGGGCUGUUACGGAGCAAAAUCUAAGCACACAAGGAAUGGACAAAGCUUCAAGAGGUCCUGCUCUCCGAGGCCAGCACACGCCACUGCAAGCCACACACUGCCAGGGCCUUUUGCUACAGCUGCCCCCAUGUUCUCACCCGGGGACCAAGGACUUGGUGGGCUCCAAUGGCAACAGCCUCUGCAAAGGGGAAAU